AUGCAGGAAUUUUUCCGAAUGUAUUACUCGAAGGAAGAGUUCAAGGAGCUGUUGUAUAACGUGCAAAUGUCCAUUCCUAGGAUAGCUGCAAGUUAUGAUGAGCCUUGUAAAGAUGAACAGUUGGAAGAAAUUGCAGAACAUGAUGAAACAUAUGACAAGUGUACAGAUGAAGGAUCCAGCGAUGUCGAGGAGAAUAGACUUGACGAAACGGAACUGAAUGAAGAACAGCAGUAUGCAACAGUGGAAGAUAUCGUUAUCGAGCCGGCGGAGCCCAGAGAGUCAUGUUACUUGGGAUAUAACACCGACGAACUGGAACAAUCUGAAUCGGCUGAAAUCGAAAUGUUGGAAGAUUGUGAGAAUGAAAAAAGCGAGCCUUAUUCAAUGCAGCAUGAAGAUUGUGUCGGGGAUGAUUUGCAGGUUAGCGGAGACGCAGAAGGAAAUGAGGAAUCGAACAAGAGGUCCGGUCGAGUAUGCUGUGGUUGUCCAGGCUUGCAGUUUCCCACCAAAGCAGCGCUAGUAGAGCAUUCGAACGCGGUGCACCGGAAGGAGCGUAUCUUGAACAACUUGCGCCCAUACGAGUGUGACAUCUGCUACAUACGGUAUUCAAAAUACUCGUGGCUGGUCCACCACCAGACGAAACCGUAUCGCGAGAAGAAGUUCAAAUGUCGAAAAUGUGACGCCCAAUUUUUGGGACGCAGCGCGCUGCUAAACCACAAUAAAAGCAUGCACGUGCGCGAGCGAUCGUACGUGUGUGACGUCUGUCAGAAGGGAUUCUAUACCAGCAGUACACUGAUAUCGCAUCGCCAGGUGCACAGUGAAAAGAAGUUAAAGUGCAAAACGUGCUCCAAGACGUUUGUACGCCAAGCUGACCUGCUGGGGCAUGAAAUAGCGCAUCUGAACGAGCGGCCGUACGGAUGCGAUCUGUGCCAGAAGCAGUUCAAAACUCGCGCCCACCUGCGGAACCACCAGCAAGUGCACACGGGCGAGCGCACGAAGAGAUGCAAAUACUGCGAUAAGGGCUUCCUAACGUACACGGAUCGGCGGGUGCACGAGCUGCAGCACGAAAACAUCCAACCCUUCUUGUGCCCGCACUGCAACAAACACUACGGCCGGAACUACAAGCUGCAGUUGCACAUCCGCAAGGCGCACACCGGUGAACGGCCGUUCAAGUGCGAUGCAUGUUCGGAGCGGUUCUUCCAGCAGUGGGAGCUUACGGCGCAUCAGAGAACAAAACACGGCCUGGAAAAGAAGGACCCGACCGAGCAGGUGCCGGAGAAUGUAUAUCGCGAGCGCUAACGAAAGGAAGCAUUCCCUAGAUGUAAGAGGGAAAUGCAUAGAACAUACUAAAAUUUCGUUUAUAAAUGGCCUGUCUCAUAGA